CAAAAUUAGCUAAAAUUUUAUUUAGUGUAAUAUUUAAAACUCAUCAUGCGACAAUUAAUUUUGAUUUUGGUCAUUUUAGGAGUAUUUUCUACAAAUGCAACUGCUGUCAACUGGGAUGGACUACGAGUUACAUUUGGACCGGCGCCAAAUGAAGUCUUUUUUGCAAAAAUGCCAAGAACUGCAAACGAAGCGGCUACAGAAGGAUGGUACUCAGUUAGUACAACUUGUGAAAAUUCUGGACAGUAUGCGGGGUUCAGAUACCGAUUGCGAAACGAUAACAGCAUUAAUUUACUUUUCGAUAGAAAUGGAAUAAUCGCUGGAAUUCAGGCACUAUUGCCACAUGAUGAAAUUAUGAGUCCCAACAAUCGAUAUCGUUAUGACUUGGUUCCAAUGUUUCGUAACGAAACAAUUGCUGGUCGCCCUUACGUAGUUUUGACAGCAUACUUUGUUCGCCCAGACUUGAUUUGCACCACUGGCCGAACUGUUCAGGAUUUCAUGAACCAAGGAACUGGAACGGGUCUUUGGUUCCAGAAUGGUUCAGGUCCAAAUGUCCUGAUAAAUGUGCCACGUAUGCGUGCUGCCGCUUCUCAAUUAGGCUGGACGGAUUGUGAAUGUUUUCCAGGGAUGGGACUUCACAACUUUUACGAAGUCCACAGAUGGCACGAAACGAACUGUGACCGUGUUCAACCAACACAAAUCACUUUCAAUUUAGAUGAAGAAAUGACUGGAUUUGUUUUCCAAAUUAGUGGCCCUUCAACUGCUGCUCGUUUCGAAUCUCCACCAAAUGCGGCCCUUUAUGCGAUUAUUGGCCCUGAAAGAAUUCCACAAUGCAUCAUUGAUAAGAAUACCGAAUUCGGAUUUUCGAGUAUCCACGUUUACAUGAUCGAUCAACCCUGGACACUUGGAUGUACUAGAUAAGUUUUAUUUUAUUAUUCGUUUAUAGCGAUCUGAAUAAAGCUCAGUCAACUCAA